GUCCGAUAGAAGCCAAGGAGCGGGACAUAUAAACAGCUAUACGGAAGUGAGUGUCGUAAAAUCUGGCCUUUUGCAGGAAGUAGAAGAAAAUAACUAUGAUGGAAGUACUGCCUAUUAUCUGGCCCUGGAGAUCCAAGUAAAUGGCAUGUCCAUGAAGGGGAAUUCUUUCCCCUAUGUCUCACCCGCUAACAGCUUCAUACUUCUUCAGACAUGCAGGGAAUCAUUCUGUUCCUCAAUGGGCUUGGCUGGACCCUGGACAUGUUGUUCCUGUUGCUGGACUUAAAUUACAUGCUUGUUUCCUCUGUUGUAUCAGUUUUGUGUUGGACCAUUUGCUUUAUCUUUAACCUUCCCUGGACCCUGACCAAUGGCAUUCUUCAGUUGUGGGAAGCUGUAUUGGGAUUUGUGCUUAUGGUUGGUGAUUCUUCCUGCAGCCUUGCACUGGGCACAGUGCAGACAUUAGUGGAUGCUUUAUGGGGAUGCCUUGCUGGUUUAGACAGUUUGAAGUUGAUAUGGAACUUGUUGUGCCACCUACUAUUCCGCAGUAGGGAGCUGAUCCAUCGAGGGCUGCUGAAUAUCACAUUCUCUGUACAGACUUUUCACAGGAAUUUCUGGGAAGCAUUAAGUAUCACUGGAGGUUUGGCAGCUUACUUGGUUAAUAGCCUGGUAAACAUAUGUCUUAUUGCCAUCCAAAACAUUUUAUCAGCUGCAGUGGCUCUAUGGCUUUCCAUGGUCAAUGUCAUCUUAAUGGGAGCAGAACUAAUGUUUAUGCUGCUGUCUCAGUUUUCCAACAGUGCUGUGGCAGUGGCAAUUCUCUUGUGGACGCCUUGUCAACUGAUUUUAGAUGGCUUUGCAUCACUUAGUAGGGGAGUAGGAAUAAUAUUUUAUCAACACCUGUACAAGAUUCUUAUAUUUCUGCUUCUCGCCAUUAUUUGCAGAAUCAUUUUUAGACCUUCCCCUGCUGUACGCCAAUUUCAGUUGAAAGUAAUUCAGAUAUACCGCAUGGCCCUUGUGCUUGCCUGGUCACUGCUGCAUUGUGAGGUUUUGAGAAGGGUUAUUGCAAAAAGUGCUCAGAUAAUACGAAUGUUUAGAAUAUAUGGAGCAACCCUGGUCAGAGGAUGGAACUUGAGAAGAACCAGGAUACAAAAUCCACCUGCUAGGCCUGCCACUGUGCAGAAUCCAGCACGAAUAAGGGAGCGGAACCAAGUUCCCAUGAGAGAGCAAAAUCCGCCUUUGAGACCUAUUCAGAGCACAGUUCCUAACAGGGUACAGAACACACAACCUGCAACACACAUUCCUCAAGCCAGCUCAGCAUUCACAAAGAGAGGAGAGCCCUCGCAAGAUCCAUGGAAGUUACUGAAGCAGCAGGAAGAGAGCAAAAAAUGUGUUAUUUGCCAAGAUGAAAAUAAAACUGUGCUCCUUUUGCCUUGCCGCCACCUAUGCCUCUGUGCCUCCUGCACAGAGAUCCUUCUGCAGCAGCCUGUCCAUCAGCGCAACUGCCCACUGUGUAGACAGAUGAUUCUGCAAACUCUAAAUGUCUAUAUCUGACCAUCCUGCAAUGAGUUAUCACUAUGCUGGACACUGACUUGGAUUACACUGACCUAAAGGAUUUAAAUAGGUUGAGAAAAUGUGAAAAAUUAAAUAUUUUGAAAUGUUUA